GGGAACCCCAAGCUAAGCUAUCCUCGCCCCACAAAGCUUCCAACCCGCCCUUCAGCCCGCAUUUCAACUUGGCCAACUCCCUGACCCCUAGAAGAGGUGAACAAGCAACAAAAGUAAAAAGGUGGUCACUCUAUUUUUGUGUUUGAACCACACACUCUUUCUGCUCCAAAGGUGCACGACAAUCUAAAGAAAUGACGGAAUCAGCCGACGCAGACGCAGCCGCCGCCAGGGCAUCAGAGCAGGCCCGCCUCCGCAAGGAGCGGCGUGAGGCCAAGAUCAAGGCCGGCGGCAGCGCACGCCUGAAUAGGAUCACUGGCCUUGGUGGUGGUUUCCAGCGUGACCCCAUCCCGACAGCAACAGCGUCAGGAACCGAUGCCGCAACCACCACCGCCUCCCCCACGCCAGCAGCAGCACCGACACCAGACCACGCCGAUCCGGACGAGGUCGACAUCUCUAGCCAGCACUUCCCCUCCCCCAGACGACAACAACAACAGCAACAGCAACCCCCAUCGGAAAUGUCAGAAGCCCAGCUCCGCCAGCUGAUGCUGGGCAUGGACAUGCCACGCGGGGACGGCUCUGCGCCCGCCAACCCCUUCGCCGGCAACCCCUUCCUCAACCCCGGCCUCGGCGGCCCGGGCGGCCAGCCAGGCGGUCCCGAAGACCCCAUGAUGAAGAUGCUGCAGCAGAUGAUGGGCGGACAGAUGCCCGGUGGCGGCGCGGGCGGCUUCCCCGGCAUGCCGGGUGCAGCUCCGCAACAACAACAACAACAACAAGCACCCCUAGACACCUACUCGGCCGCCUGGCGCAUCCUGCACCUGGUCGUCGCGCUGGGCCUGGGUCUGUACAUAGCCCUGACGGGCGCGUUCAUGGGGACGCUCGAGGCGCGGGACGCGGCGCGGCUGGCGUCGGACGCGGGCAUGUCGUCGGCGGACCUGGACGAGAGCAACAACAACAGGGCGCGCUUCUUUUACAUGUUCGCCACGGCCGAGGCGGUGCUGCUGACGUCGCGCUUCUUCCUCGACAGGAGCCGCGCCCCGCCUCCGGGGAUCCUCUGGACCGUGGCGGGGUUCCUGCCGCCGAGCAUGAAGCGGUACCUCGAGACGGCGCUGCGGUACGGGCAGGUAUUUACGACGGUCAGGUCGGAUCUGUUGGUUUGUGUGUUUGUCCUGGGGGUUUGUCACUGGUGGCGGACUAUUGGGGUUGUUGGUGUUUGAUUCUGAAAGAGAUUAUUGAGAGGGAGGGGUUUUCUUUUAGGAGAACGAAUGACCAAUGCAAUUGCAAUACUAAAAAAGUACAAAAAAGUACAUGCUAGGAAUGUUUAUAGACACUGGUUGCAGCAGUAACUCUUAAUAACAUGAUGCGGUAUCACUGCCACUUUUUUAUUCGAG